CAGUGAGGAUGGGUGGUGAGUCCGUGACAGUGAGGAUGGGUGGUGAGUCCGUGACAGUGAGGAUGGGUGGUGAGUCCGUGGCGGUGUUAAUGGGUGGUGAGUCCGUGGCGGUGUUAAUGGGUGUUGAGUCCGUGGCAGUGAUGAUGGGUGGUGAGUCUGUGACAUUGAUGAUGGGUGGUGAGUCCGUGGCGGUGAGAAUGGGUGGUGAGUCUGUGGCGGCAAGAAUGGGUGGUGAGUCUGUGGCAGUGAUGAUGGGUGGUGAGUCCGUGGCGGUGAGAAUGGGUGGUGAGUCUGUGGCGGCAAGAAUGGGUGGUGAGUCCGUGGCAGUGAUGAUGGGUGGUGAGUCCGUGGCGGUGAGAAUGGGUGGUGAGUCCGUGGCAGUGAUGAUGGGUGGUGAGUCCGUGGCGGUGAGAUGGGUGGUGUGUCUGUGGCAGUGAUAAUGGGUGGCGUGCGGUGCCACGCGUGUGGUGAUUGACACUAGCGAGAUUUAUUGCUACCAAUGCCCGAUGUUAAACACCACUCCAUUGUUCUUUUUUACUUUGGUUACUGAAUUUCAGCUUUUUGUUUAAAUGUGAUAUGCAGUACCACUUUUAAAGCUCAAUCGGACCUCAAAGGGGAACACACCAAUUAUAAUUCUAACAAUUAUAUUUCUAAGAUUUAUAAUUCUAACAAUUAUAAUUCUAACAAUUAUAAUUCUAACAAUUAUAAUUCUAACAAUUAUAAUUCUAACACGUUAACCGGCAGUGAGAGACAUCACGACGCCACGGCUUUGCAAAAUGACACGAGAGGAUUUACCAACGCGCUUCAGUGUCACGAUUUACGAUUCAACCCUCAACACUCUUGGCCCCCAGACUGCAGCCCCUAAAGGCCCCCCACCCCCUCACCCGGCCGUGUAAAGCCACCGGCCCUGUCCUUGGUAGGGAGUGGGUUCGGUGCUUCUUGCCUUCACGUUGCAGGAAGCGCGGUACCAUUGGUUGUGGAGUCGUGUGUCUGUAGCCGGUGCGGCGGUGUAUAAACAUCGCCGCUGGGGAGACAAAGACGGCCGGGUGUGGUGCUGACCUCGCACCCCCUCUUGUGGUAACAGCACUCGCACCAUCAAUAUGCUAAGGUUAUACGGGGGAUCUUUGUCUUUGUGUGUAUGUUGAACUUGUGUGCGUGCGUGUGUUCAUGAACAGUGCUGGCAACCGGCAAGAAAAAAAAACUCUUCGCUCAGUGGGGGCCACCGUGAGAUGUUGAAUCUGCCGGUGACAUCUCACAGUGACAUCUCACGGUGACAUCUCACGGUGACAUCUCACGGUGACAUCGCAAGGUGACAUCUCACGGUGACAUCUCAAGGUGACAUCUCAAGGUGACAUCUCACGGUGACAUCUCACGGUGACAUCUCACGGUGACAUCUCAAGGUGACAUCUCACGGUGACAUCUCACGGUGACAUCUUAAGGUGACAUCUCAAGGUGACAUCUCACGGUGACUUCUCACUGUGACAUCUCAAGGUGACAUCUCACGGUGACAUCUCACGGUGCCAUCUCAAGGUGACAUCUCAAGGUGACAUCUCAAGGUGACAUCUCACGGUGACAUCUCACGGUGACAUCUCACGGUGACAUCUCAAGGUGACAUCUCAAGGUGACAUCUCACGGUGACAUCUCAAGGUGACAUCUCACGGUGACAUCUCAAGGUGACAUCUCACGGUGACAUCUCACGGUGACAUCUCAAGCGCUGUUGCGACACUCCCUACCAGUGGGUCGUCGAGGAGGAGCCGAACUUUGGUUCGCUAGGAGAACGAAGUACACAGCAACGUGCGGAGACGAAUAUCAUCUGUCCCCCUAUGAUGAACGCGCCCCCUCGCGCAGACGACGCGGGUCAAGGGUCACGGCGAGUUCCAGCCGACCGCGGAGAAGUCCCCAGAUGCGCGCACGAGGAGAGCGACGCGACCCUGGUCGGGGCUAUGGUCCUGGAGCAGCUUUUGCCCAUGGACCCUCCUCCUCCUCCUCACCAGGUACAAACGCCAGAGCAGAAGAAGAAGCAGGAGGAGAAGAAGAAGAAGGAGGUUGAGGAGGAGGAGGAGGAGGAAGGGGAGGAGAAGAUUGCGGAGGACCAGGGCGACCAGGGUGUCGUGCAGACCUCGGACCCUCUCUUUGAGUUCAUGGCGUGCGUCAGCGGCCUGGAGGAGCCGUCGCCGGCCAGGGACAUUGCGCCUCGCGUGUGGAGGAACGUCUUCCCCGCUUCGCCCCCGCAACAGCCGCGGAGACGAGCGCAAUCGCCCUCCGGCCAACGCGAGCGGGGGCCCAGCCGCGAGAACGUCGGCAACAAGCUCACGCGACCACAGCGGCACAGUGAGGUGCCGGUCUAUGCAGGAGGGAACGAGCCCGGCGCUGACACCACGUGCCCCGGACUGGAGCAUAGCCCGGAGAUUCUGAGGGGGUCUCUCCAAUCAGCCCCCCCUGAAGCCCACAAGAUGCAGCAGCAGCAGCAGCCACAACAGCAGCGUCACCACAAGCAGGGGAAGCAGCAACAGAAACAGCAAGAGAAGCACGACCAGAAGCAUGGGCGUCUGCACGAGCAGCAGCAGCUACAGGAGAAGCAGCGAAAGCAGCAGAACCAGCAGCAGCAGCUACAGGAGAAGCAGCAGAAACAGAAGCAUGAGCAUCUGCACAAUCCGGAAUUGCAGAAGCAUGAACAGCAGCAUCUUGAGCAGCAGCAGCUAAAGCAUAAACAGCAGCAGCAGAAGCAUGAACAGCAGCAGCAGCAUGAGCAGCAGCAGCAGAAGCAUGAGGAGCUGAAGCAUGAGCAGCUACAGCAGCAGAAGCAUGAGGAGCUGAAGCAUGAGGAGCUGAAGCAUGAGGAGCAGAAGCCUGAGGAGCAGCUGAAGCAGCAGCAGCAUGAGCAGCAGCAGCAGAAGCAUGAGGAGCUGACGCAUGAGGAGCUGAAGCUUGAGCAGCAGAAGCAUGAGGAGCAGAAGUUGAAGCUUGAGCAGCAGAAGCAUGAGGAGCAGCAAAAGCAUGAGGAGCAGAAGCAUGAGGAGCUGAAGCAUGAGAAGCUGAAGCUUGAGCAGCAGAAGCCUGAGGAGCAGCUGAAGCAGGACCGUGGCAACCGCCCUCCAGAGCCAAGCGCUGGCUACAGGAUGGUGGAGGCGUCACGCAGAGCGCGGUGGGGGGCAACUGGCAUGGGAGCUGCAACCUACCCGCUGUGACCACCUCCUCCUGCCACCUCCUCCUCCCACCUCCUCCUUCCACCUCCUCCUCCCACCUCUUCCCACCUUCUCCAACCUCAACCUCCCACUACCUUCUCCCACCUCUUCCCAUCUCCACCUCCUACCACCUCCUCCCACCUCCUCCUACCACCUCUCGACCACCAAGGAAAUUCAAAUGCAGGGCAGUGGCGCGGAGGAGCCGCCUCAAUUGGCGCUCAUCCGCGGCAGGGGCGUGAGGUGGCGCGGGGAACGAGCGGCGUCCCGAAGAGGGAACGAGGAGGGGAGAAGUCGCCCACCGCUCGUGAUGCCGCUGAGGGCGAGCAUCUGUUGGUGAACGCGCUUGUGUACGCACACGUGUGCGUGUGUGUACGUACACGUGUGUGUGCUUGUGUACGCACACGUGUGUGUGUGUGUGUGCGUAUACGCACACAUUUUUGGGUGUGUUCAGUCUAAAUAGACAAAGAUCCCCCUUAUAGCCGCAAUAGACUGUGUGGGGCAAGUGCUGUUAGCGAGUAACACCAAUGAGGCCGGAAAAACACACGAAGGGAUGGGUGGCUAGUAUCAUGCCCGGCCGCCUUUGUCUUCUGAGUGGCGAUGUUUACAAACCCCACGAGGCACUCAUUUGAGGCCGAGUCUACCUAUGGGAGGCCAAGGACAGGUUCAGAUAAUCGUCACCGGUGUUGGUGGCCGUGAGCGGGAAUGGAAACUCGAAUCACCGAGUUUAUAGCGCAGAGCGCUAACCACUGCACCACCGCUCCCCCACCACCGGGGAGCGGUGGUGUCGCGGUUAAUGGGAGUGUUUGUCUUUGUCAGUCUGAAAAAAAUAAAUUCCUCGUGUGUUUACUGCGAAUGCCAUGGGCACGGUUGUGUCAAACCCGAUAGACUGGGCUUCCGCUCUCUGCAGGGAAAUUGCUGUAGCAGAGUGCGGUGUUGUGUUGUGGUGUUCAACAAGAGUGAUUGAUUUGUUUUUUUAUUUUAACGUCACUUGAUUUCCGCGCACGAGGAGUCGCCGUUGUGAUUCGCUUCGUAGCGCGCGCCCUUCCCGAACAACCGCCCUCGUUUUUUCGCGAGAACAGCAACAACAAAAAACAACCCCGCGCCAGUGGCGGAAUUCACGGUCGCCACGCCUGAAGCAAAACUUCGUGCCAAACGAGCGAGGGACCGCCGCUUUGCGUCUCUUUCUGCUCUCCGGUGUCGUCGCGGGCGUGGGCCCGCACCUUGCGCUGCGUCGUCACGCAGCGGUGGGGUGAUGAUGGGGAACGCCGCGAUAAAUCAAGGCGCGCGUCACCUUCGCGAUGGGAAAAGAAAGUGCCCCCCCACGCUGUGAUGGUGUCGUGGUGCGAGAUGGGAUUGGGUUGAGGCCAAAAGCCAUUGCCUCCACACCCCCGACUCCCCGCACUCCCUGUGACCCCCCCCCCCGCCGCCCCCUACUCAACCUCCUCAGUGUGGGCGCCAUACGACCGCAUCAUAUUUUACACGCACAACCUGUACCUCAUUACCGCCGCUCGAUUUCUCUCUCUCUGGACCUUCCGCGCUCCUAGCGGGAGGCAGGAGGGGGGGGGGAGCACUGUUUCUUGCCAGGGCCCUAAUCUGGAACCCUGAGGCUCCGUCCCAUCCAUUCCCAUCCAGCGCAGCUGAGUCCAGCGGCCUCGUCCUCAAUGCCACGCUGGUGGCGCCCUCCAUCUCCCACCGAUGACUUUCCAUUCGCGGCCACCGUGCCCGUGUGGAUGGGUUCGCGUCUUGAACAAAUUCUAACAACCAGACUGUUGGGUAGUUUGAAUGAUCGCUGAGCUGGCCUUGAUGCUCAAUGCCUCGUCAUCAUCAUCAUCGACGAUGAUCAGACUACCAAUUGUAUGAAGGCCUCCCAAUGCCGUGAGGGUUGUUUGACCUACUGUUCAGGGCGCUGUCAGUGAAGAAGUAUGGACUCAGGAUGGAUUCAUAAAUCACUCGCCAAUGAAGUUAGCCGUCACCGGGAAUCCAACUCAGGUGGCCGGGCUCAUAGUGCAAUGUACGAGCCAUGGCGCCUCCACUCUACCUUCCGUCCUACCCCCAGAAGUUGAGACGCGAGGGUCUGGGCUCGCGUGCACCACACGCAGACUGAGCUUGAAACUCCAAUCUCGCCCUGCUGCAUGGUGGCCGGUAUGUGGCAGCACAGCAAACAGGUUCGUGAACUCAGCUGUAACUAUCGUUGAGUGUUUAUUUGCGUUAGAUCCCCGCGGGGUUUCUCCCGAACGCAGAAACACGCCCAGAACCACAGCAUUGGCCAAACAUCCACGUGAGACGGAGUCCUGAGAUUCGGCGAGCCUUUCCUGGAUCAACAAACAACAUUAUUAGUUAUCAUUACAAAUAAAUGUCUUUUUAUUAUCACAAAUGGCUUUUAAAAUUUAUUUGUCCACGGUUUGUUGUUGGGGGCCACAUACAUUGUACAGAGAUAUCAAAAUACAGCAGGAUGCGUACAUCACACGUGUACGUACGGCUCGGGCGACUGUGGAGACCGCACA